UCAAGAUGGCGGUGGAGCUGAAGUGAGGGCGAGCGGAGGCGUCUAGCUUCCCUGGGAUCCGACAGCAGGAAGCGACAGGAUGGGUUGGGUGCUGAGGUACUUCUGCUUUCCCUGAAGCUGAGACCGGCGAGCGCAGGCCAUGGCGGGCAUUAUCAAAAAGCAGAUUCUGAAGCACCUUUCCAGGUUCACCAAAAAUCUGUCACCUGACAAAAUCAACUUGAGCACCCUUAAAGGUGAAGGCCAGCUAACCAAUUUAGAGCUUGAUGAAGAAGUGCUUCAGAAUAUGCUGGAUCUUCCCACAUGGCUUGCCAUCAAUAAAGUUUUUUGCAAUAAAGCAUCUAUUAGAAUACCAUGGACAAAAUUGAAAACACAUCCAAUCAGUUUGUCAUUGGAUAAAGUAAUAAUGGAAAUGAGUACAUGUGAAGAGCCACGUGCCCCUAAUGGACCAUCACCUAUAGCAACUGCAUCAGGACAAAGUGAAUAUGGUUUUGCAGAAAAAGUGGUAGAAGGAAUAUCUGUUUCUGUAAACUCCAUUAUAAUCCGAAUUGGAGCAAAAGCUUUCAAUGCAUCGUUUGAACUUUCUCAACUGAGAAUAUAUAGUGUAAAUGCAAACUGGGAACAUGGUGACUUAAAAUUUACUCGCAUACAAGAGUCUCAGCGUGGAGAGGUGUUGACAUUUAAAGAGAUCAACUGGCAGAUGAUCAGAAUAGAAGCAGAUGCAAUCCAAAGUUCUCGGCAUGAAAUCAUGAGUGCUCCAGUUCGCCUGAUUACUAACCAGUCCAAAAUUAGGAUCACACUUAAAAGAAGGCUAAAGGAUUGCAAUGUGGUGGCAUCCAAACUGAUUCUAAUACUGGACGACUUGCUGUGGGUUUUAACUGAUUCCCAACUGAAAGCUAUGGUACAGUAUGCAAAAUCUCUUAGUGAAGCAAUUGAAAAAUCAGCUGAACAGAGAAAAAGCCUUGCUACUGAAACCACACAGAGUUCCACUGCUGUGCCCAGUUCUCAGCAGGUAAAAACACAGCAGACCUCGGCAGCUGUUGAUCAUAAUGAUGCAAUUGUGAAUCUGUUCACUAAUUUUGACGUUAAGGAAACUUCCUAUCAUCUAGUAAUUUCCCAUUUGGACCUGCAUAUAUGUGAUGAUAUUCAUGCUAAGGAAAAGGAUGCCAACAGGCGUAUUUCAGGAGCAGCUAUGCAACUGUCCUUUAGCCAAUUAACAGUAGACUACUACCCUUUUCACAAAGCAGGUGACAGCUGCAGCCAUUGGAUGUAUUAUAGUGAGGCUACCAAAGCCAGAAGUGGAUGGGCAGAAGAAUUAUUGCUGGAGUUCAAAAGCAAUGUUGAAUUGCUGAAGCAGGCUGUGAAGGAUCAUAAUGUAGAUUCUCCUAUUAAAUCCCCACCUCAUGGGUCUCCACAGCAUAUACCAGCAGGCAAGGAGCAGAUACCUCAAGGAAACACAAAGCCACCUCCCGUGUCCUCUCAGCAACCCAAGAUUAACUUGAUGUCCAGCCCUGUUGUGGUUAGGCUUGCAGAUGUUAACAUUUAUCAGGUCUCUACUGCAGAUCAAUAUCGCCGUUCUCCUAAGACUCUUAUUUCCUGCAAUAAAAAGUCCUUAUACCUCCCUCCAGAAAUGCCAGCCAUUCAUAUUGAAUUCACUGAGUACUACUAUCCAGAUGGAAAAGAUUAUCCCAUUCCAUGCCCAAACCUCUAUGUUCAGCUAAAUGCUCUGCAGUUUACUCUGGAUGAGAGGAGUAUUCUUUGGUUAAACCAGUUUAUGCUAGACCUGAAACAGAGUCUCAAUCAGUUCAUGGCCAUGUACAAGUUAAAUGACAACUCAAAGUCUGAGGAGCAUGUUGAUGUUCGAAUUGAUGGGUUAAUGAUAAAGUUCAUCAUUCCUUCUGAAAGGAAACAAAACCAUAAAGAUGAACCACGUGCAAUUUCCAUUCAGAGCUCUGAAAUGAUUGCUACAAAUACUAGGCACUCGCCGAAUUGCAGGCACUCUGAUUUGGAAGCAGUGUUCCAAAACUUCAAAGACUGUGAAUUUUUCAGUAGAACUUACACAGACUUCCCCAAAUCUCCUGACUGUUUCAGACUUUUGCAUCCCAUCUUCCAGCGACAUGCUCAUGAGCAAGAUACUAAGAUGCAUGAUGUCUAUAAAGGUUUUAUUGCUCCCAAAUUGAACAAAUGUGCACUUAAAACAUCUGCUGCUUCUGAUGUCUGGGCAGUGCAUUUUUCCCAGUUUUGGAUAGACUAUGAAGGAAUGAAGAGUGGGAAAGGACGCCCAGUAAGUUUUGUAGAUUCCUUCCCACUUUCACUCUGGGUUUGUCAGCCUUCAAGAUUGGAACAGGCAUACAAAGACCCUUCUUCCUAUAACCAGACACAUCUUAACAUUCCAAAGAGUGAUUCAAGUGACCUAGCAAGUCGACUGCAGCGCAAAAAACUUCUGAAGGAAUAUUAUAGCACUGAGAUAGAACCUUCGACUUAUGAAACUGAAAACCUAUACACUACUAACAGCACUUUGGGAACCAAGACCGCACAUUUUUCAACUGAUGCAGAUAUACAUGUUCUAGUUCAUGUCCAAAAACAUGUGAGCCUGCAAAUCAAUCAUUAUCAGUAUCUUUUCCUACUCUACCUCCAAGAAUCUCUUGUAUUACUGUUGGAUAACCUGAGGAAAGAUGUAGAACCUGUGACAGGAACCCCUGCAAAACAGGCAGAUGUCUGCAUUGGAAUCUUGCUGAAAAGUGCAGACAUAGCUCUGUUACUCCAUCCGGUGAUGCAGGGAAGCACUUUCAAGUCUCCUGAUCUAGAGGAGGGAAGUCCAGAGGCGUCAGACCUCUCACCUUUGGAAAAUGAAGAAACUUCUGCAUCAGAAAGUAAACUAGAUGCUGCUAAUACUGCACAGAUGGGCAAUUUGGAUAUAAAUGUUAUAUUGGACUAUAGAGCUAUGAAUCCUGAACUUAGCAAAGCCAUUCCGGCAGACCCUCUUUUCAAAUCAGACUGUGAUAUGGAUUUGCGAAGGGGAAGUUCUUUUUCAGAUGAUGCUUCAGAAAAACUUUUGGGAAAAGUAAAUGAAGAAAGUAGUAGUGGACUUUUCAGUCGAAGUGAUUCAGAAGAAAUUUGUGAGUCACUAAGUGAGAAGAGUAAUGCAUAUUCCAAGGAUUUGGAUAACUUUUUAAGUUGCAGAGAAGAUUCUAUUGAGGAAUUAAUAGACAAGGAAGAUGACAAAAGAAUUUUUACAAAUAAGGAAAGCUGUGCAGGGAGCUCACCUCUUAAAGCCCCACAGUUAGAUGCUGAUGUUACCUGGCCAUCUGAAGAACAUGAAAACAAAGAAAAACUGGCCACAAUUAAAACACUUGCAUUUCAGCCUUUGUUAAGUGGAAAGCCUAAGGAACGCUGCCAGUCCAAUCUCCCUGCAUUCUCUGUUUCUUAUAAGAACAUGAAGAAAACUCCUUCACAAGCCUCUUUGGACACCAUUUCUGUGGAUAGCGUUUUGUUGGAGGAACAUUACUUGGAGAGUGAUGGAAGUGAUAGCCACAGCUUUUUGGAAAAAGCUAUCUCAAUGAAUCCAGUAGAAAAUGCUCCUGAAGAAGGCAGAGUGAUUGAGAAUUAUGGGAGAUCGUCUCCAGAUGUCCUCAGUGCGGCUUCAGAAAAUGCUCAGGAUGCAAGUGAAGAAAUGAUGUCUGUCCUGGUUUUUAAAAUAUUUGGUGUUAAUGGCGAAGUUGAUAUCAGAGGUGAAGACACAGAAGUGUGCCUUCUAGUGAAUCGUGUCAUUCCAAAUCAGUUAGGUAAUAUCAGUGUUCGACAUUAUCUCUGCAACCGAACAGCAGGUUCGGAUCCUAAGUUGGUGAGUGGACCAGUUAAGUCAACUCCUGAAAUUAAACUGAGAUGGGAAAGUGGACCUAGUGCUGUAAUACAUUCAUUGCUGUCAGAAAAAAAUGGGUUUCUGCAAUGUCAUGUGGAAGAUUUGAGUGCUGAUUUCUUAACUUCUUCACUUAUGAACAUUCAGCAUUUUUUGGAAGAUGAAAUGGUUACAGAAGUGAUGCCCAUGAAAAUAAAAAUUUCUAAUACCCGGAUCAACUUAAAAGAUGACAGUGCUCAUGACCAUCUGACUGCUUCUGCACCAGUCCCCAAAGUACUGCAUAUUGACCUACUUAUGGUUGAGAGGAAAGAUGAUGGCUCAUUUUGCAUUGGAGAUAACCAAGCAUCUGGCAAUGAUUUACCAAAGACUAAGACCAGAAAUGAUACAGGGGAUCAAGCUGCUGAAAUAGGUGCAUACGAAAAACUGGCUUGUCUGUCACAAGCCACACAGACACCUCCAGAAAUUAAUAGGUCUCCAGAAGCUUUCAGGAUUUCAUCUGAUUUGAUCAAACAGCUGAUUGAAGAAAAUGAAUGUUUUAAACAGGAAUUAGCCAAAGCUAAGAUGGCCCUUGCUGAAGCUCACUUGGAAAAAGAUAAACUGCUUCAUCAUAUAAAAAGGAUGACUGCUGAAAAUAAACGCUCCCACCUCUGAGUGCUAGCAUCCCGUUCAGACUACAUGUCCAGAAGUUCCAUCUGUCUAGUGGAAGAUCAACAGAGUCUCUUAAAAUGUCCCAUCCCCCUGAGAACUAAAUUUGGCUAAAUGACAUCUGGAACUAUGCAAGCAAGCAAUUAACAAAAUGGGUGCUAAAACCUUUAAAUUGUACAUUAACUCGUGUAUUACAAUAACUUGUUAUAAAAUGUUAAUGAUAGAACAAAUUGAGUACCAGACUUUUGGCCUCACUAAGUUCUCAGCAUCAUGAUAAGAACGGAAACAGUUUUGAUACUGCUAUUUGACCCUGCUGUUUCAUGCUUCACAUACUUUGGAGUUUUUCAUGGUAGUGGGUGUAGCAGAAAGAUGAUGGAAUGCUUCUUUGCAUGGUUUAAUUUUACUGCAAAGGAUCAGUGUUGUACUUUUCUGUACUCGGUUGCCAUUUAAAGGAAAAAUGAGUUCAAUGUUUGAACUGACAGAUUUUAAAGCAUUGCUGUGUUAAAUUAUAGAUGAUCAUUUGCUCUCUGUUUAAAUGGGAAAUUUCACUCCUUGCUCAGUGCUGUAUAAUCACUAAUAAACCUUUCAGAUUCUAGGAUUACAAAUUAUAUUAUCUGCAAUCUUUUGGAAGAAUUAUGGCCUAUUCAAAUAUCCAUUCUAAUUAAAAAAAAGAAUUGGGAGGCAAUUAUACUGAAAGUUGACUUCAAAGAUCUGUUUUUAAAGUGGGCUAUAAAUAUUAUUUUUCUGUUGAAUGGUUCCAUAAGCUUUAGAAAGACCCUUAGAAAAAUGAUGAAAUCUGGAAUAGCUAAACUAAAAGUUAAUAUAUAUAUUUUUUGAAAAUGUAGUUGCAUAUGGAGGGAAGGAUCAGAGCAAAACCAGUUUAAGAGUUGUAAAAAUGAAUGUUACUCAGUUUUAGUACGGAAAACCAAAUGUUUGCCAAAUGCUGUACGUUUCACUACAGGAAAAACUACUGUACUGGGAAGGUAUGUCAGUUUUCUUCAUCACCACCAUUUCACUGCUGGUUAGUAAUACCUAGCUAAUUUAUUCCACACAUUUGCCCUUAAAAGAAGGAGGCAAGCCAGAUUUUUCACAUUCUCAAAUCUCUUCAAUGACACAAGCGUUGAUGUGGCUUACACUAGAAUGCUUAUUCAUUUUUAAAAGCUCUGAUUGAGGAAUUGCUCAGUUUUUUCUCAUACUUGCCCUGUGCCCAUAUAUAUUACACAGUCAGGGUGCAUAAUUAAGCAAGGGGUACAUUGUGUCGUAUUUUUAGUGCAUAACAGAAACUGAGAUGUGCAACUGACAUCCCCAAAAAAUUGUAUUAAAUUUUACAUCUGAAAUGACAAACAUUGCACAACUGAUAUAAGUAGUUACGGUAAGUUUAUCUAUAAAAG